GCGGGGGAAGUUAUUGAUGGAAGACUGUUUACGUGCAGUACACAUGUAGUCGCCAAGUUGAUCCGAGUUUGUGAUGGAUUUUUCGGCUCUUAGUUCCGAAUUGCAAAACAUUGCAGGAAGAUACAAUGGACGAGACACCGAUCCUGCCUAUUCCACCACUAUGUACUGCGAAAUGUUCCACAAGAUCCUUCAAAAGACGGAGACUGAAGUACAUGACUAUGCUGACCAAAUUGUGAUACUGUGGAUGACUUUGUCCCAGCUCUGCAACACGGCUAACACCUUGGCCCCAUGUCCAGCCAGGCAUGAACUCUACCAGGACAUAUUCUUGCAAUGUGCAAAAACAGUUCUGAAUAUUAAGUGGCAAAAUUUGGCAGAAGAUGACCAAAGCAAGGAGAACUUUAUAGAGACAGUGAAGGCUACACAUGUACAGCUAGUCACUACUGGGUUUGACCGCUUCAGUUUGCUCCUUCAUUUGAUGGAGAAUCCCUGGACUGACCCAACCCUCAGUGAGAUUAUGUCUGGUGAAGCUGAUAAUGAUGAUGAUGCUGUCCAGGAGUACGUAAGAAAGGAGUCGUCACUGAUACUUAAGCUACGAGUAGAGAUGCUGAUGCAGGAGAACUGUGAAGAGUUUGCCCUCAAUCUGUGUAACACUCUGAUGGGCCAUGAGGUGUUCAUCAAGGACAUGGAUCUCCGCGAGACUCAACUUAAACUGCUGCACAAACUUAACCAGAUGGACAAGCUACAGGAAGUGUGCGAGAAGAUUGUGUGUCAUGAUGGAGUGAAGUUGGUGCUGAGACUGGAACAAAAGGAGAGUAACCAGGCACUGAGUGUCCGUCUCAUCCAAAUCUUCCUGGUGCAGGACUGGAUCAAACCUGAACAGAAGUGCUGUACACAGGAAUUGCUGAAGUUGUGGAUUCGCCACCAGUACAUAGCAGACCACAACAAGGAGAAGUUCCUAGAUAGUGUGUGGGCCAUUGCCAAGGUCUCCCUCAGUACACAACAGAUUCUGUUGCUUGUUAGUGGGCUCCAAAGAGAGUGUGGCAACGAGAUGAUUCAGCUGUACACAGACCUGUGUGUAUAUGCCAUCAAUGUAGACAAGGGAUGUUGUGAGCAACAGAUGCUGCAGGGAAACAUGGAAGGUGUGAAAGAACGACAGCAAGCCAUCGCACAGACCUGUCGCAAGUUAUCCGCACUUUACAAUGGACUCAACCCAAAAAUAUCUCGCAUCAGUUCGCUAACAGCCUUUUCCCUUGAUGCAUCACUGGUGAACUUGUGUCUUGUGGAGAGAAUGUUCAACAGAAAGUACUGUACUCAUUCUAAAAAGGAGUGUGCUGCCUGUAUCAAAGUGUUCAGCAGUGUGACCCAUUGUGUUGGUGAUGUGAAGGUUAAUCCAGCUACGCUUUAUGAGGUAGAACGGUUACUGAAUAUGCUGAGGCCAUAUUACCUUAACCCAGACUUGGCAUGGAAGGAGCUGCUACCUGUGUGUCAGAAAUUCAUGAAGGAAAGAAGCCAAUCGGCUGUAGAAACAAAAGAGGAGACAACCCCUCCAAAAACUCCUGCAAAAAAGAAAGAAUCGAAACCAAGACCAAAAAAGUCUACAGCUAAAAAGGAGAUGAAUAUUUCACCAGGAAAUAUUAAAUACUACUGUGAUGAUAAUGUGUCGUAUUUGCCAAAAGAAAGUGUUCCAAAAAUGAAAAAUAAAAACUUCAGACUAAAGUCUGCAGCCAGUUCGAAUUCUUGCACUCAAACACCAAAACUGGAGGAAACUAAAGCUAAGCAACCUGCAGUUAAAGCAGCGACAACACCAUCAAAAUCAAGUGCUGUAUUUGAGUUUGAUAAACAGUUAUUCCAGUAUAAUUUCAAAGGAAAACCAACUGAUCAAUGUGCACCCGUCCCGGCAUCGUCCACUGUUACCAAGGAGCAAAUGUCACCAGCAGGAUCGGAGCUACCUAACAGUCUUGUCAAUAACCUCCCAAAGACACCUACACAGAUUGCAAAUGUAAAAUGUCAGGCUGUAGGGGUGGACAGCCAGGGAAAACCUGUGUUAGUAAAACUGCCAGUUUCUGCUACCACAACUCUUUCCUCUACAGUCAGUAGUAUGAUUGCACCAGGAGCUGCUAGGCAACAGACUAUGUACGUUGGGGAUACCACUGCCUUAGGUCUACAGCCUUCUGUAGGGCUUCAUGUUCCAGGACAAGGGAAAGUUCAAAAAUCAAAAAAGCGUCAGCCACAUAGCAUUGGAGAACUGUUAGAAGCUACAAAAGUCAUGCCUUGUUCAACUUCGUCCAAUUUUAAUACUGCUGCAACUGUCAUGACUACUCCAAAACCUGCUACUCAACAGUCUUUGCCAACAUCAGCAGAUCUGCUGAGGGCUGCCCGAGAUUAUAAUUUGACAAUAGUACAGAAACCUACUACGCCUAAGCCUUUCCAAACACAAUACAGUACUGCAGAUCUUUUAAGAGCAACGAAGAACAUCCCUCAAAAAUCUAAACCAGAUGUGCCACCAGCCAGCAAUCUGAAAAAUGCAAAGGAGAUGGUGCAAGCAACAAAAGCAGCAUUUGCUGCAUCAGUUCUCGGUUUCAUCCCAAAGCCUCAGUCCGCCAUUUUGUCUGAGGUGUCUCAGGGAUUGCCUAAGACAUUAGAUCAUCUUGGGAGUUUAGGUGGCUUAGGGUCAGAACGUAAACCAACCAAAAAACCCAAAGCUCCCAGGAAACCUAAAACUGUCCAUUCAGUCCCAGGACAAAUCCACCCUAAGGCUAAUGUUAAUGAACUGAAUGUUUCUCAGUGCAAUAGUGUUCAACCAACCAGCAAUAGAACUGUUAUAGCACAUUCGUACAAGACCGUUGAUGGAAGCAUAUCAUUUCUGUCAUCCAAUGUUGUAGGGGGUUCCAACAUUAUCCCUUCCAUAGUGAACCCUGUCAACACCCAAUCUGUGUCUUCUGUCCGUCCACCAGCAAAAUCAUUCCAAGCAAACGAUAAAUCAAAUCAUCGUCCACGUAUUAUUCCUGUUCGAGCUACUUGCAACACCAAGUAUCCGCCAUACUGCUCCACAGUGGUAGCUGUUACCAGUGCCACACCAUCACCAGGACAUGUUGUUGGUGCCAACACUGUGGUGACAACAAGUACCAACCCUUCGUCCCAAACACACAUCGAACAAGAAAUCUACAAUAUGUUUACAAAAGAAAAACCAGCAGUUAAACAGACUGCAGCAGCAUCGAAAAUUGAGGGAUUUCGGCGACCCUCUGCUGAUGAACUUCAGAGCAUUGUUGAUUGGUUACAAACUGGUACUGAGGAUGAUAAGAAAAAGUCUCAGAUCAAACCACCUGUGUCCACAAUGUCUACACAGCAAGUGGUCACUUCAGUGCCAUCUACUGUCCAAAGUACGACACUGCCCUCUAUGGUCACUCCUAAUGUUACAACAGCGUCUUCGAUGGUCAUGUCACCUGCUGGAGCAUCUCCAAAAGCGGUAUCCCUAAGUCACGAACAGCUGCAGAAGAUAAUGGCAGGAUUAAAUCAGAGACAGCAGAAAAUUAAACAAAAGCCAAAUCCCACAAAUAAAAUGCAGCAGAAGAAAAGUCUAAAUAAACAGCUUCAACAGUUGAUUGCACAGGAUAUCAAUAAAGGGAAUAAGCGAUCUACAGGAAGUGAAAACCACUUUGCUCAGCAAAAUCCAUCCCAGAUUUCUGUUUGUGGGGAUCAGACAGUUCAACCUUCGUCAACACAUAUUGGUCAACUAUUUCAACCAUUAACAACAAACGGAAGUCAACUUGUUCAAGCAUCAGUAACACAUGUCAGUCAACUAGUCCAACAAUCAACAACACAUGGGAAUCAGCUUGUUCAGCCAUUGACAUCAAAUAUCAGUCAGCAAGUUCAGCAAUCAACAGCACAUGUCGGUCAACUAUUUCAACCUUUAACAACACAUGUUAGUCAACUAGUCCAGCCAUCAGCAACACAAGUUAUUCAACUUGUUCAGCAAUCAACAUCAAAUGAAGGUCUUGUGCAGCCAAUAUCACAAUUUCAAAAACAACCACCUUUCAGUCAGGGAGUUGGUUUAGAAAAUCUACAGAUUCAACCAUCACUGACACAAGAAAAUCAACCUCUCCAUCCGUCAUCAUCACUUGGGAAUCAACCCAUCAAACCUUCAUCGUCACUUGGAAAUCCACCCCUCCACCCAUCAUCUUCACUUGGGAAUCAACCCCUCCACUCCUCAUCGUCACUUGGAAAUCAACCCCUCCAACCAUCAUCGUCACUUGGAAAUCAACCCCUCCACUCCUCAUCGUCACUUGGAAAUCAACCCCUCCAACCAUCAUCGUCACUUGGAAAUCAACCCCUCCAACCAUCAUCGUCACUAGGAAAUCAACCCCUCCAACCAUCAUCGUCACUUGGAAAUCAACCUCUCCACUCCUCAUCGUCACUUGGAAAUCAACCCCUCCACUCCUCAUCGUCACUUGGAAAUCAACCCCUCCAACCAUCAUCAUCACUUGGAAAUCAACCCCUCCACUCCUCAUCGUCACUUGGAAAUCAACCCCUCCAACCAUCAUCGUCACUUGGAAAUCAACCCCUCCAACCAUCAUCGUCACUUGGAAAGCAACCCCUCCACCCAUCAUCGUCACUUGGAAAUCACUCCAUCCAGUUGUCAUCAACAUCACUUGCAAAUCAACCAGCAUUAGGUCAGGCAAGUCAAGUCACUCAACUUCCAUUGACACAUGGAAAUCAAGAAACUCGACCAUUAUCAACAGUCAGCAAUCAACCAAUUCAACAGUCACAAAAUCAAGGGGUAGUUUCAGGAAAUCCACUUCAGCAGGUUCAAACACAGGGUAUAUAUACAGGAAAUAAACUGGCACUGACUUCGCAGCAAACCUCUGUGUCUGAUUCCUUCAUGACAUUAAAUUCAACCUCUGUCAAACCUCAGCUUAUCGCUCCUGCCAUGACAUUGCCAGUGAGUUCACAAGGGACCAUCAAUCAAUCGCUACUAAGUAUAGAUCAGCUCACUAAUGCUAUGCAAACUACCAGUACCCCAGGAAUUCAGUCAUCACUUAGUUUUCCAUCACAGUUUCAAAUAAGUGGGUCGAAAUCCUUGACAUUAUCACCAAAUCAACCAACUUCUAGAAUGUUUGAGCUUCAGUACCUCGGACAAAUCAAUCCACCAUCCAAAAUUCUGCAUCCAAAACCACCAUCAAAAGAUGGGCCCUUGGCCCCAUCAACAGCUGCACCUGGAGACCCAGUGGGAAAGAGCUCUGAACUUUCACUUGAAACAAAUGCCAAAACUUUCAGUGAAAUACAGGGUUUAAUGAGAUCAAAACAACCAACAUUCAUUCCAAAAACAUUAUCUUCAGAAGAUGAAGUGAACAUACCUAAGAUGCCUCUGGGAACUUUGAAAGUUGUGGAAAAACCAGAUCUCAUCUCUACUUUGAACAGGAGUCCGUCAAAGCUUAGUAUUGAUCAUAAUCAUUCUGCAGCAGCGGGUAGUAGUGUUACAACAUUUCUUGGGAAUCAACAACACACCAGCGCUGUAACAGCAGUGUCCAGUAGCUCGGACCAUGGUGUGUCUUUGAACACCUGGCAAAGUGAAACUUCAUCCUCACAAACUGAUAUACUAACUACAUCCGAAGGGUCAUAUCCCCAUAGCAACGGAAGUGAUCAAACAACCACAUGUUCUUCAAUGGGUCAAGUUGAAUCAACCUUUAAUGAGACUCUGAGAUCUGUUGGGACUGUGAAGGAGGUAUCCGAAACCUUGGAUAUUCAAACUACUUAUAACACUGAUAGUAAUUUAGUGGUUGAUUCAAAAGCUGUUGGCCUUACUAGGACAUCUGAAUCAACAAUUUCAUCUAGCUCAGAGAUUGACAAAGAGGUCAAUGACAGUGGUGCCACUGUACUUACUCCAGAUACUAGAGAUCCUGUUAACAGUGAGGAGAAUGCUUUGGAAAAUAGAUGUGAGGAUAGUGACAAAUCUGUCAAAGAAUCGGAAACAUCAGAAAUAGCUGAUAGCUCGACCAGUCCAGAUUCAACUGCUCUGACAAUGAAUAGUGCUGGCGAUGCCAAUUCUGAUUCUACUUCAGUCAACAACAAAUACAACAGUAGUGAUGGUAAUGACAAUUGUACAACUGUUCAGUCAGAAGCAAAUUGCACUAAAGAGAGUCACGUCUUGGAUCCAAUACCUGAUACGAAACUGCCUUGUACUAGUGAUGAUGUGCUGCUGACUCCAAAAGGUCAUCUGGCAGGAGAAAUAACACCAAUGAUGGAGGAAUCAGUCGGGCAAACCACUUCCAGGCUGUCAGAAAAAGAGGAACUGGAGGCAACCAGUGGUUCUAGUUCUGAUUGCAAGCCAACAGAACGUUCUGAUAGCAGUCCAACAGAACAGGUAGAAACUAUAAACACCAAGUCAAGCUUGCUUUUACCAGAUACAAUGGAGGAAGGCUCUAGUGUAAAUGAUAAAGAAUAUGUGGAAGAAGAUCAGAAUGUCUCAGAUUUGACAAAAGCAACUGGAUCAGAUUCUAACACAUCAGAAAAGUUGCAGCCUGUGGAUCAGGAGAUGGAUGAAGAAACCAAUUUCAUGAAUAAUUCGUCCCAUAUAACAACUCCCAGCAUUGAACAUAUUGAGAAAAAAUCUAUAUCAGAGACAACCACAAAUGCUGAUGAUAAACUAACAGUGCCUACUUGUGUUCCUGAUUACACUGCUCUGAAUGUUGGCAAUUCUAUUUCAAUUGUCACAGAUGUUAAAGAAGAGAAUGAAGUGUCAAACAUUGAACAAAAUUGUGUUCAAUCCGAUGAAGAUACUGAUAACGCUAAAGCUUCCAAUGGUUUUGAAUUAGACAAAGCCUUAGCCUUAGAUGAUGCCUUGGGUGAGUCAGCUGCCUUGUUGUCUUCACCUCUUGUACAAUUUGCUGUUGAGCCAUCUCAACAAUUAGUAGAGGAUAACUCAACAACAGAGUUAAGGAAUUCACCUGACGUCGGGCAUCCAUCCUCAGAGGAUGCUCAAAGAGCUCAACCUGUGAUCAGUAUGUUGCCAACACCAGAGUUGAGGAAUUCAGUUUUACGUGAUGUCAGGCAUCCAUCCUCAGAGGAAAGUGAUGCAAAUGCUGAAAGAGCUCACCCUGUGAUAAGUAUGUUGCCAACACAAGAGUUGACAUUUGGAUCCAAUUUGGACAUUAAGGAUGAUCAAGUUACAGAGAAAAUCUCAGUCCAGACAAUACCACAUUCACAAGGUAUUUUUCAAACAAAGAAAUCUCCGGAACAGGACAAAGAGGCUUCAUUGGAUCCUUCAAAUAUUAAACUGGUUCUAGAAGAUAUGGGAGCAGAAAACAAACAAUAUUUGAGCAAUGAUAAUCCCGAUUCUCCAGAAAAAGAUUCCUUGCCAAACAAGGACUGGGAGAAUGCAUUUGUUUCUUUCAUUGACCAUCUGGGUGAGAAGAAGACGGUGAAAACAGACAAUAACAAGGUCAGCAGUAAACCAAUUUUCUCCCGACAAGACAGCAGUGGAAGUGAAUCAAGCUCCAGGUCAGUAGGAAGUAGUCUUGGCAGUCGUGGAAGUUACAAAUCUACUCUGGAUGAAGACAGUUCAGGAACAAGGAUUCUUCCACUCCAAAGGAGAGAUAAUGAUGUGAAAAGAUUUGAGUAUUUUAACCACCUUACGCCCUCUCACAAAUCAAAUAAGAGGCGGUCUUCCAAUAAGGGCUUGUCAGGGCUCCAAAUCCAGGCACUACCAGAAAUUAAGUCCAAAAGUAAGAAGCUUGUUCUGACAUCAGAACUAACUGAGGUAACCCAACAGAAAGAAGUUGUAAACAAAUGUAUAAUCUGCUCAAAAAUAUUUCGAUCCGUCGACAGUUUAAAAUGUCAUGUAAGAAACAUCUGUCGCCCCAUGGAUACAAGUCGGCCGGAAGCGAAUCUGAAAGACUUUGAAUAUAAGACUGUGUAUUCAUGCCGUAAAUGUGAGAAAGAAGUCUCAAAUAAGGACGAAAUAAAGGCACAUGUGGCCGAGUGCUGCAGGGAUGACGAUGUGAUCCAAGCUCUCAGUUUCAGUACUAAAUAUAUGUGUCAGAUGUGUGGUGAAUACUUCACCAAUAAAGAUGAUGUACACAGUCAUGUUUCGAGGCUGUGUAGUAAAGUAAUGUCAUGUCGCCAACAGCAGCAGGAGAGACUGGACAGAAAGGCAGAACUCACAGCCAAACCACUGUCAGACAUGGUUGAGAGCUGGUUCGGGAAGGGACAGAAACACACAGAGAAUAAUAUUAAAGAGGAAGUACAGGAGGAGACACCCGAGACAGAUGAAAAGCAAAAUUCCUUAGGUGUUGAUGAUUUAGAAGCGGAAAUCUUUAGCGAGGCCAAUAAUCAAGCAGGAGUUGAUAUCAAAGAAGAGAGUGAAGCAAAACCGCCUAAAGAAUGCAAACAUCAACACUCCAUUAGAAGUUUGCUGCCUGCAAAGCAGUGGUCAUUGAGAAACAAGACUAAAUUCUCAUCAAGGCUGAAAGGAUUUGAAUUUUUCUCAAACAAACUAAAUCCUGCAAGAAGGAGAACAGAACAGCGAAAGUGGCAUGAGGAUUAUCAUAGUCUAAGGAACAGAGUUGUCAAAAAAGAAGCAGUGAAUCAUGCAGAAGACGAUAAAGAAGAAAAUUCUGCAGAGCAUGAUGGAAAAACUUACGCAAAACACAAAAAAAAUCCUAGGACUGCUGCAAGUGCUGAUUCUUCAGUACAGAAAGAACAAUGCACAGAUGAUACAGACAUGGAAACCAAAGAUAACAAGGACAUGGACUUGGAUAAAGUGACAUCAUCAAAAUCAGUUUCUGUCAAGUCCGAGAAGAAGGAGAGCAAUAAUACAGAAAUACAGAAUCAUGUCGCAGCUAAAUCUAAGGGGACAGAUAAGGAUAUGGCUAAUCUAACCACCAUGGAUCCCCCCAUAAGGCAGAAGCGUGUCAUUCAGGUGGGCAGAAAGUUCCUGGAAGAUGAGUUUGAAGUUCCAGAAUUUCUCAAAAUACAAGUGGCCAGUACUAACUUAAAGAGAAAGUCACCACAACACUGUCCUAAGUGUGGACAGUUCUUCUCCAGCAGUUAUGUUCUCAUCCAGCAUAUAGUCCGUGUCCAUAUGUCUCCCUGUAGAUCUAAAUGGAACAGCUCAGCUCGCAAGUUUCAGUUUGCCUGUUGGUACUGUUCAGAUGCCUUUCCAACGUAUAUUAAGCUUUCAAAACAUGUGCCAGUUCACAAAGACAAGAUCUUAGCGAUGCUCAAGAAGAGCUGCUCCACAAGCAGACGUUUGAGAAAAGAAGGCGCAAAUCUAAACAAUGCCAAUACUAAGGUAGAGAAAUCCAGUAUCAGCAAAACUAGGAGAAGUGCUAAAGCAGAAUCUCUUUCUAUACACAAGUCUGUUAUGAAAAAGGAACUAUCACCAACAAAAGAGACUGAGGCCGACGCACUGUCACAGCAUGUGGAAAGUAUGCGGUCGAGCCGACGAGCUCGUGGACAGCCUCCUCUUGCUGUAGAUGUGUCUGAACUGAAGGUGGAUACUGUGAAAAAAGAAAGAAGUCGAUCACGCGAAAAAGAUGCUACAUCUGUCGGUGGAAUGAUAUCUCCCAGUGACUCUUUGUCACCAGGGACAUUAGAUAUGCGUACCACCAGAAGUAGGAGGCGUGACAAUGAUUCCAUGUCAACAUCAAGCUUUGACCACGAUGAUGAUUUAGCUAGCAACUGCUCACAUGCAACAGACAAGUCAUCCCAGUCAAAGGGUAAGAGGGAGUACAACAAGAGGGGCCUGAGUGAAGACCGCGAGUCAAUGACAAGUGAAGAUUCUUUAUGUCAUCGUCCAGUUACCCGUCAUCAGUUAGCAGCCCAAAUUUCCCCAACACUGAAGGACGGUCCAUGUACAGCCAAGAAACUGAAGCGACCAAGUGGAGAUGGUGCUGAGUCUGAGCUUGGUCAAAGGUCUAGAACCAGAUCUGGUAAUAUAUUGUCUAAAACAGCAAGUCAAAAAAGUAGUACUAUGGUUCAGGGGACAUCAGAUAAGAAUUCAGCUUGCACUAAACCUGCAAGCAAAAUGGCAUCAUCUGUAAGGAAAGGAGAGCCCAACAAAGCGUCAGGUAGUCCAGUCACACGUAAUCAGUCCAAAGUAGAUUCAGAUUCUACAAAGAAUCUAAACGACUCUGUGAGUCAGAUGAGACGCACAAGAAAAGAUGCAAGAACCAACGAAGAAAGGAAAACAUCUGCAAAGGGAUUGGAGGUUUCUUCCAAGGAUGACAAUAAUCCUGCAUCUAAUAUGACUACUCGCAGAUCAAGGCGACUGAAUACCUUGUUGGAGAAUGUAAAGGAAGAGAAUACAGAAGAUGAUAACAGCAUUAAAACAUCAGCUGUUGUGAAAUUGCACCGUGCUAAUCUGACAAGACACAAAAACAGUGAAGAUUAUAAAAGCUCUGGAUCUACACAUAACAACAAAGAAAUAAACAAGAGAAAGAUGUUCACAAAAUCUAAACUAGAAGAGAAAGAGAGGGAAUUGAAAAAGAUAAAGUUGUCUGCGAGUGAUCGAAAUGAUGAUGGUUCUAAAAAGUGUACUGAACAAGAAGACGAAGGUAAUACAGAGACAUCUCUACACAAGGACACUGUAGAUAAAAAGUCUGUACUGGUUAUCGGUGAAGAAGAUGAGGAGUUUGUGUAUGUAAAAUCACCACUGCCUAGUCCUACUGGUGAAACAACAGAAAAAGUACCAGAAAACUCAUCAACACUGUCUAAUAAAACAGCAUUUUUAGAGAGCUUUAAAAAGUACAUCCAUAAACCUGCACCUCGCUGGACAAAUUCCUUCCAUCUGAGAAGCGUUGUGACAAAGUCUAAGUUUAAACAGAAAGUGUGUCGUGCACAGGCAAAGCUUUUUCAGAAAAGAAAGAGGGAAAAUAUGAGAUCUUCAAGAUUUUCUUCUGAGGAUGAAGCUGAUGAUGAAUUAGAUGAAGAUGUUCACAAUUUGAACGUGUCUAAAAACAGUAACAAGAAGAAAUCCUUCCUGGAUUCAUUCAUAGCCCACUGUGAUCAUGGCCCAAGUUUAAAAGGGUUUUACUCAGAAGAUUUGUCUGUCAUUGUGCCAAAGGAAAACAGUACCAAAAAGUCUAAAUCAGAGGCAUUACCUAAAGGGAAAAAAACAGCGGAUAAUAAAAAGAAAAGUCUAGGACAGGCAUCACAGCCUCAUCAGGUGAAGAAGGAUGUGAUCACUAAAUCGGAGAAGAUCAUUGCGAACACUGAAAGUAAGGUCUCAGGAUCAUCCACACAGGACACAGGGCAAAGUGAGUCUAAGUGUGUGAAGGAGAAGACAGACAAAAAACUAGUGGAAUUAAAAGACAAGGAUAUGGAUAUGGAUUGUUCAGAGGAGGUAAAGAGUAUCACAGAGAAUAAGGAGUGUAAGCCUUGUCCAUCUGGUGAGCAAGGUAUCAAGUUAGACCCAGCAACAGCCAGACCCACUUCAUUUGAAAGUCUGCAGACUUACAUUGAUAGUAUGUCAAACUCAGCAUCGCCCACCCCCAGUGUAGACUCCACCACCUCCAAAGAAACACUGUCCAAAAAGUCUUUGAAGAUUUCUAAAUCCAUGGCUUCUACAUUCCAGGAUAGUUUCAUGACUUAUCUUGGUUCCAAACCAAAAAAGGGUAGAAAAACUUCUGAUGGUUCCUGUUCCUCGUCAGAAUGUGGGGAUUUGAAAUCAUGCAACUCAUCUGUAUGUGAUGGAGACCUAGGAGCCAGUCAGAAGUCACGAUUGCAAAAACCUGAAAACAGUAAACCUUUUACGUGGGAUAUGGACUCGGGCGAUGAACGGAUAGAUCUGUUGGUGUCCACACUUGGACGUGUGGUGACUGAAACAUCAGAGAGUAGUAGUAAAACAGAGGUGACAUAUCAAGCAAAUUGUUCUGAGGAAGUGCACAGUGAGACCAGCCACAGUGCCAGGUCUUCUGUUGAACGUAUUCUACCGCAAAAAUACGGCAAUUCAAAGGCCAAAGUUCGUCGAAUCUACCAUGAUGGGAAGAUCUGGGAAAUAGGACCUGGUUCUGUCAAAUCUGUUUCAGUUUUGCAGUCAGAUAUAGUGACUACAGACAAAGUGCCAGACAUGGAUAGCCCUGUAAGUGAAAUGUCUGAUUGUGGAGAAAGUGUAGUUUCUGGUAGCAUUAAAUCUGAAUCAGUUAACAUUUCAAGAUCUGAACUUCCUAAGGGAGAUAAUCAUGUCAGUGCAAUAAAACCUGAUUAUCAUCACCUUUCGAAAUCAUCCAAGUUAGAGCAAACUGCGCAGGCAAGUGUCGAAAUGAUUCGUGUGGAUCGAAAACAUGAUGGAGACAAAUUUGUCCGUCUUGACAAAUCAGAAAUAGACCAAUAUGACAAGAUGAAUACAUAUACUUCUGUUACCCCAGAGGAUAUGGCCCUUAAGAAGACAGAAAACAUCAGGAAAAGUGCCAAAUGGAAAGUCAAAACAGAAAAGCGAUCUAAAAGCUCAAAUAUGAAAGAAUUUCCAUUUGUUUUCAAAAAGAACAGAAGGAUGUAGAUUUUGAAUAAGUAUGAAAAUAAUUUGAGGAGAAAAUUAAAAAUGGCCCAAAGAGUUAAAGCAAGAUCACUACUGCCGGGGGAAAAAAAUGUUUCGUACUUUAAAGUUAAAACAUUUAUAGCUCUUGUGAAUCAAAAGAUUCUUGAAACUCAAACACUGCUGUACACUAUCUUUAAAAACUAGAACACCAGUGUGUAUAUGCCAUCUUUAAACUUGGCGACCGGUGUACACCAUCCUAUCAAUAUGAACAUGGUCCAGUGUUUUUGAGAUGGGCAUCAUGCUUUGUUAACCUCUUUUCUGACGAGAGUGUACAAGUUGUGUCCACACUUUCAAAUCCAGGAAAAUUGAAUAUUAAAUCGGAUAUUAAUAUGGUCAUUGUUAGUAAUAUACUACCUCAGUGUAAUUGGAUUAUUUUUGUGAUAUAAUAGAGAUUUAGAACUAUUUUUAUCUAGAGGAGUCAGAUACCUUAACACAACUGCAAAACAUUGUUUGUUCCAGCUGCUUUGAAAUUUACAACUUAAUUCACAUGAACAAAAACAUAUUGUUAACAUA